AUGGUAAGGGACGGCCCGUUGCUGAGGUUUUCCUCGGUUGGGAACCUAAAGAUGAAAGGGAGAUCAUCACAGCAGAACGAGUCUGCCUGCGCCAGCGGGAGAGCUGCCUGCAUGGAACUGCAGACGCAGUCGGCUGUGGUGGAGUUCAUCAUCAACCACACGGACGUCCUCUUCCGCUCCAAAUCCGGAUCCGACGUCGCAGGUGGAGCAGGGCCCAGUUCUCUCUCAGGGCCCAAGUCUGUGUGGGUGUCUUCUCCUGCCACAGAGCUGCUCACCCUGGAGGAGGCACAGGCAUGGAGGCGAGGCCACAGCAGCUCUCCUGUCGUGACGCAGAGCAGGGACAUAGAAGUGGAAGGGGGCCCCGCAGCUGUGCAGGGCAAAUUCCACACAAUUCUCGACUUUCCAUCUGAAAGACAAAGUCCAGCCGGCAAGAUGAAGGAAUCACCGGCUGGCUCUGGGUGUUCCUGCUUCAGCCUAAGAAAACCAUCCUCUGUGGCCAAACGCCAACUGCAGUGCCGUCCCAGGGAGCCCUCAGAGACAGAAGUUAUAGUUUUGGCAGGUGAAUCGAGCCCUUGUCAACCCAGAAGAUCCAGAGCAAGUAGCGAUGGUGCGCUGUGUGCUUCCCUGAAUGGAGAGCUCUUAGGAAGCACGAAUCGCUGCGGUUCCGAUGACAGCCUUCCACAGACCAACAGCGAUGGAGAGAAGGAGCUCAUCCAAGUUCAUGCCCUCAUUUCUCCCAGCUCUGCUGAAGAUGCUGACCCGAGCCAGCCAGCCAGUGCAGUCACCAGCCUGGACUGUGACCCAGCGCCUCUGCAGUGUAGCCCAGCCCAAGCACAACCCGGGUGCCCCGACAGCAGCACCUCCAUGGGGGAGCAGGUCAGCAUCAGGGAGGAGAAGCCGAGCCUCAUGGAGGGGGACUUAGAAUCAGGCCUCCAGCCCCAGGCACUGGGCAGCAGCACUGAGAGCUCUGAGCCACUCUCUUCAUGACAAGAGAGGAUGAGUUCCAUCUUUACCCUGGACCUCUCACACCGUCCAAUCUUUUAUAUAAUAAUAAAAGCACACUCAUGCUCAAUCAACACCUUGAC